UCCACAGAAGGGCCGCAGCUUCUUUACCAGUGUAAUGUAUUUAGUGUUCCAGUCUUAUAAUUUUUUUGUGUGUUAAUGGAAUAAGUUUCCUGAAGACAUAGAAUUUUACAGCAAGUUCAAGUGGAUAAGUCUGGAACCAUGUAUUUGUGUAAAGGUACAAUAAUCAUGUGGAACUUAUUUGUAGCUCUCAUUGCUGUGUUGGUAUAUGUUUUCACUUCUGAUUUUUUCAAACAAGUCAAUCCUGUCAAAUAUACCUCUCAGCUUCCUGAAAAAUUUAGUGGUGGUUUAGCAACCAAUGAAUUAUUAGAUAAGGCAGAACGCCUUCAUGAAAAUAAUAUUCUUUGGCCAGAAUCAUUUGCUGAAUACAAAGGACAACUCUACACUGGGCUAGGAGAUGGAAGAAUUGUCAGAAUAACAGACAAAGAAGUUGUACCCAUUACCCGUACUGGUAAAGAUUGUGAGGGAAUAUUUGAAGAACAUAUAUGUGGACGGCCCUUGGGAAUGACUUUCAAUAAAGAAGGUCGCCUUUUUGUUGCUGAUGCCUAUCAUGGACUUUUUAGUAUUGAUAUAAAUACAGGUAAAAAGGUCAAUAUUUUGCCUUCAAAAACUAUUGUUGAGGAUUUGCCCCUGACUCUUCUGAAUUCUUUGACUUUUGAUGACAAGGAAGAAAAUCUUUAUAUUACUCAGUCAAGUUCUCGAUGGAAUAUCAGUCAUGUUAUUGUGAGCAUUAUUGAGCAUGAUACUUCAGGCCGAUUGCUUAAAUUCAACAUGAAAACAAAAAAGGUGUCAGUUUUAUUGAAAGAUCUUGCCUUCCCAAAUGGUGUAGUUUUAAGUCAUGAUAAAAAUGCAUUAUUAGUUGCUGAAGGAAUGCAAAAUAAAGUCUUUAAAUAUCACAUCGGUGGACCCAAAAAAGGUUUAAAUGAAGAGCUUUCUAUGUUGUUACCUGGUGAGCCUGACAACUUAAAGCGUAGUAAAAAUGGUUACUGGGUUACUGUGGCAACUGCCCGCUCUCAGGAAAAUCCUACUUUGCUGGAUCGAUUUAGUGAUAAACCUUUCUGGCGAGCUUUGCUUCUUCAUAUUCAUAGAUUAACUACUUUACCCAUAAGUACUGUUUUGAAAUUUGUGCCAGAUAAACGAGCUAAAGAAAUAGGCUUUGAGCUCCUCACUGGUCGUUUGAUAGCAGAUUAUUUAUUGGACUAUGGACUUGUCCUGGAAUUCGAUGACAAGGGAAAUAUCUUAAGAAGUUUCCACUCCCCAUCUGGAAAAAUCACUCACCUUUCUGAAGCAUUUGAACACAAUGGUUACUUGUAUCUUGGAUCCUGGAGAAAUAAGUAUCUUGGUAGAUUAAAGCUGUGAAAUGCUUUAAUUACAGUUUUUGUGUUCAAAGGCAUGUCCUUUUUUUCCCGUUAAAAUUGCUGAUCAUGACAUUAAUUGCACUGUUAAAUAUUGAAAACAUUUCAAAUUAUUAUCACUACUUAAGAAUAUUUCUAGAUCAGAUAUUAUUUAAAGAUUAUUUUUAUAUUUAAUUUUUUUCAUAUAUUUGUAUUGAUUUGGUUUGUUUUUGUUUCCUUGGUAUGUGAAACUUUCUUUGUAGAAAUGUAUCUUUUUAUAAUUACUUUUACAGUUUUUCAUAGAAAAAAAAAAGCAAUACAGGCUCAUCGUAUAUUGAAAUGUGUGAAAGUUAUAACAACUGGUAUAAUUUGCGUUAUAAUUUAGUUACAUAAGUAAUAUUAAUGUAAAUUAUAUAUAUAUAUAUAUUUUAAUAUUAAAUCAAAUGACAAAUGGCCUUUUCUCACUACUGAUAUCUCAAGAAAAUAGAGUGAAUUACAUUCUUUUAGGUACUUAAGUGGUUGAAAUUAAAGGAAAUAUUUAAAUAUCAUUGUGUUCUGAUUAGACAUAAGGUGAUUAAAUUCAAGAUUUAUACUUUGAUUUUGCGAAAUUGACCGUUUUGAAAACUUUUUCUUGUUGACUUAAGUGAUAAUGAUUACUUUGUAUUCUCAUCGUCAUUAUACUUCGAGAUCUUCAUUCCAAUUUUUUUCAUUCAGAAUUUUUAUAAAUGUGUUGU